AUGCGGGGCCCGCGGGCGGCCCUGGCGCUGCUGCUGGCGGCGGCGCUCGCCCCGCGGCCGGCGCGGCCGCACCCGCAGUGCCUGGACUUCAAGCCGCCGUUCCGGCCGCCGCGGGGCCUCGCCUUCUGCCGCCGCUACGGCGACUUCGGCUGCUGCGACCCGAGCCGCGACAGCGCCCUGCUGCAGCGCUUCUACAGCCUCAGCGCCAGCCUCGACGAGCGCACCUACGCCGCCUGCGCCGGGCACCUGCAGGAGCUGCUGUGCCAGGAGUGCUCCCCAUAUGCAGCUCACUUGUACGACGCUGAGGACCCCUCCACGCCCGUGCGGACGAUCCCAGGGCUGUGCCAGGACUACUGCACGCAGCUGUGGCACAGCUGCCGCUCCAUCUUCCGCGGCCUCUCCGCAGACCCGGAGCUGACCGCGCUGGAGAACAACGCGGCGAAGUUCUGCCGCUACCUGUCCCUGGAGGACACCGACUACUGCUUCCCUCACCUGCUGGCCAACCAGCACCUGAACCAGAACCUGGGGCUGGUGACGGCCGACGCCGAGGGCUGCCUGCAGCUCUGCCUCACGGAGGUGGCCAACGGGCUGCGCAACCCCGUGGCCAUGGUGCACGCCAACGACGGCACCCACCGCUUCUUCAUCGCCGAGCAGGUGGGCCUGGUGUGGGCCUACCUCCCCGAUGGAUCCAGGCUGGAAAAGCCAUUCCUGAACAUCAGCGAGGCUGUGCUCACCUCGCCGUGGGAGGGAGAUGAGAGAGGGUUUCUGUGCAUUGUCUUCCAUCCUAAAUUCAAAUUUAACGGUAAAGUGUACGUCUACUACUCAGUUGAAGUUAAUUUUGAAGAGAGAAUCCGAAUCAGUGAGUUCAGAAUUUCUCCCACUGACAUGAAUGCCUUGGACCAUGGUUCUGAAAGGAUAAUCCUUGAAAUAGAAGAACCUGCUUCCAACCACAACGGAGGAGAGCUGCUCUUUGGAGAUGAUGAGUAUCUCUACAUCUUCACUGGAGAUGGAGGCAUGGCUGGGGAUCCUUUUGGCACCUUUGGAAAUGCCCAGAACAAAUCAGCCCUGCUGGGCAAAGUGCUGCGGAUCGAUGUGAACAACAACGACCGCGGGCCCCUGUACCGAAUUCCGCCCGACAACCCCUUCGUCAGCGACCCCGCGGCGCGCCCCGAGGUCUAUGCCUAUGGUGUGAGGAACAUGUGGCGCUGCUCCUUCGACAGGGGCGACCCUCACACCAAGGAGGGGAAGGGACGACUCUUCUGUGGAGAUGUGGGGCAGAAUAAAUACGAAGAAGUUGACAUCGUGGAGAAAGGGAAAAAUUACGGCUGGAGGGCGAGGGAAGGGUUCAGCUGUUACGAUAAGAAACUUUGCACCAAUUCUUCCUUGGAUGAUGUGCUUCCAAUUUAUGCAUAUCCACACAAAAUGGGGAAAUCUGUUACAGGAGGCUACGUCUACCGAGGCUGUGAGUCUCCAAACCUGAAUGGCCUGUACAUAUUUGGUGAUUUUAUGAGUGGACGCCUGAUGUCUUUGAAGGAGGAUCGUGCUACUGGAGAAUGGCAGUACAGUGAAAUCUGCAUGGGGACAGGACAAACGUGCAUGUUCCCUGGGCUUAUCAAUAACUAUUAUCAGUACAUCAUCUCCUUUGCUGAAGAUGAAGCAGGGGAAUUGUACUUCCUAUCUACUGGUGUACCAAGUGCCACAGCUCCCAAUGGAGUGGUGUACAAAGUGGUGGACACCUCCAGGACAGCACCACCAGGAAAAUGCCAAGUUGAGCCUUCGCCAGUGAAAGUCAAAAGCAAGCGCAUCCCAUUUGUGCCAAAGGAGAAGUUUAUUAUGAAAACACCCCCACCACGUCCCCGCCUGCAGCCCACGACCGAGGCUCCGUGGGGAGGCGUCCCCGGGCCGGGCAAAGCCCCCCGGCCGGGGAAGGGCCCGGAGGAGGAGAAGGGGCAGCGCAGGCAGAAGAAGAAGAAGAAGCAGGGCCCCGGCAAUGGCGCGGUGCGGCUGAUGCGGCAGGGCCGGCGCGGGCGCGGCCGGGGCCGGCUCGAGGUGUUCAUCGACGGCGAGUGGGGCACGGUGUGCGACGAUGGCUGGGGCCUGCCCGCCGCCGCCGUGGUGUGCCGCCAGCUCGGCUUCCCCCGCGCCGUGCGCGCCACCAAGAAGGCGGAGUUCGGGGAAGGCAGCUCGCUCCGCAUCCUCCUGGAUGAUGUGCAGUGCUCCGGGCAGGAGAGGACGCUGCUGGAGUGCUCCCACGCCGGGGUGGGCACGCACAACUGCAAGCACGAGGAGGAUGCUGGCGUGGUGUGCAGCCGGGAGGAGGUGACAGACCGGUGACAACAGCCAGCUGAGGGACUGGGAGACAUCCCUCUCUUGCCCAGCUCUCUAAACCAGCUGCAGUAUUGAGGAGGGUGUGCCCUGCCAUGGGGAUGCUGCAUCUGUUCAAAUAAUCUUAUGUUUUCUUCAUGUUUGUCCCCAUGUAUUUGCCUCGGAGGGAAAAAAAAAAAAAGAAAAAUGAAGCACUGAAUUCAGUAUGUUGUGGGCAGAGGCUGCAUUUCUAUGGGGUUUUUUUUGUAGGAAGAAACUCCCAAGCAUUAGCCUUUAUAGAUCAGAAAAGAGAUGCAUCCUGUUGCCCUUUCCCCUGUCAAAAUACAGGAUUCUUAAUACAGCAUUCUUCAGCUGUGCAUCACAAUGUUUUGCCAAAAAAUAAGUUCCCAAAUGGCUGGGUUUCACUCUUAUGGAAGCAUUUGCAUUGUUUGCCUUGCUUUGCCACCUGCAGCUCUAAGCUGAGGUUUUUAAGGACGUGCCUUUCUAAAUCUGUGCCUUUCUUUGCAAAUUAUAAAAGUAUAUCUAUUUUUUUAACCUUCCACUCAGUAGUUUAAAGGAAAAUUAUUUUUUCUGUAAUGCUUUUUGUUGGUAUAAACCUAUUGGUCAUCAAGGAUAAGCAAAAUCAGGUGAUUUAGAAGAAACCAUAGUGUACUGCAUGGAAAAUAUUUCUGCCGUUUAUAUUAGCCUAAAUGAAAAGAAAAUCUAACCCCUUUUACAUGAACAGGAUUGAAAAUCUGGCCUUUUUUAGAUGGACAGAAUCAUUAUCCAGUUUAGCUCUGAAGAUACUUUUGUACAUGUUUUUCCACUUUCCCAAACUUAAUAACAUGUACAUGUUUUUCCAUUCAGUUUUUCACAGGUGUGAAUGACUAGACAAGAGGUAAUACACUGGGGCAAUAGUCUAGUAAUAUUUACCCCUUUUUAGAGGAUAUUAAAAAAAAAAGCAAACAAAAGCAGCCCUAUUUUGUCUGAAAUGUGUUUUUCACCUGAGUGGCAAUGGGAGACACAUGUCUUAUUAAAGCAUUUGGCCUGGUUAUUUGUUUUUCCUGGUGUAAUCAGGAUAGGUUUAGUCUUGCUGCUCACACAAGAACAUGAGAAAGACAAAAAAAUCCCCCAAAAAUCCUCUAAAACCCCUCAAAUAUAAAAUGACCAGUGUGUCUAAAAAAGUUCACAAGCAAAACCUUGUAUCUAAAGACCUUACUGUGGAUAUUUAAUUUAACUCAAUUUCAAGUUGACAGUAUCUUCUUAAGCCUAAAACAUGAAUAGGGUAAAUUAAUCUAUCUUAAAUAUUUUUCCUGAACUUUCUGAUAAAUUCCCAUUAAACUGUUUUUGGUAUUAAAGAACACCUUAAAUACACAAAACCAGAUGAUCAAAAAAAAAUAUUUCCCCCUACUUCUUAUGAAGUAUAAAAGGAGGAACAGAUGCAUAAAGUGCCUUUUGAGAAGUGCUACUCUCAUUUCAUUUGAAAACCUACAAAUGCCAUCAGGCACCAGACUGGUAUCAGGCCUUUCCCUUUGCAGUGAAGUUGCAAACUUAUUUGUUUCAAGUGCAGAAAUUCACUUCAAAAUGUUCAGGGAACAGGGGAGUCCUUUGCAAAUUCUUCUGUUAAAAGAGUUGGAACCUACUGAGCUGGUGGAACUAGAGGACUGGAAGAAAAUAGAAGGUGAAGAUACAAACAUUCUUUUUCCAAAUUCCUCUUUCACUUCUUUUGGCUCCUAGGCCAAACUUCAGCUCCCUCUGUCUGGGAGAUUUUAAGGAGAAUCUUGGUCAUAGUUAUACUUGAAAACUUCUGGGUAGAAAAAAAAGACCUGCACAAUAAAAGUUACCCUGAAGGAAUUGAGGUGAUUCCAGGAUGUCUGCCACAGACGAAUUAGGCAGGAAUUUCACCAGCAUUUUCUAACUAUAAAGUAUUCUUUUUCUAAUUUAACUGUUAGUUACCCUGCACCUGCUUUAGUCUGUUUGAACAUCCUGAGGACAAGCAGAGGCCACGUACAUCUUGGAUAUUGCUGGUGGGGAUUUCCAGCCCUCCUGGCUGGCAGGCAGGGUGACACAGGCUCUGGUGGCAGCCAGGGGCACAGGGGAGCCAGCUCUGGGUGAGAGCAGCUGUGCCUGGCAGUGCUGGCACAGAGCCCUGCACCCCGUGUUUGCUGGUGAGGUGUUUGCGAUGCUGCUAUGUGGGUGCUGCCAGCUCCACAGGGAAAUGUUUAUUAGCAGAGAAAGAGACAAGACUUGUUAAGUACAGGGGGUUUUCCCCCUCUUAUCCCUUCUCCCAGCCUGCACUGAGUGGGGAAGGUGUUCAAAUGGGAUCGAGCCAGCUCAGCACACGUGGCUGUGUGUGCAUGUCAGUGCCUGCCAGGUCAGUGCACUCUAUGAUGCUGGCAAAGCAUUUCUGAUCAUUGUGGUCCCUUCCAAGCUUAAAAUAUAUCUGUUCUAACUCCUGGUGUCUGUCAGUCUAGCUCACUGGUAUUUAAAUGAUGAGCCUGUACUAUUUAAAGCACACAAGUACACAUGCAUUUAAAUACCUGCUAUCUUAUCUGUUGUUUAAUAGGAUUCUUAGUGAUAUCAUUUUUAUAUAGCAGGAUGUCACACCAAGUAAGCAUUAGAUAAACUAAUAAGCUACACUUGAACAUGACAGUAUACUUCCUGGAUACAAAUUCAGGAUAAAUCUUAAACUAGCCCACAGUACAACCAGACUUCCUCAUGUACUUCCUCAUGUGGCAGUCCCAAAGUUUUGUCUAGUAGCAAUAUAAUUUAUUGCCUUGUCUCCCGAUUCAACUCUGUGACUGAGACUGGAGCAUCUGCAUUUUUCCUUACAUAUCUGUCCUUAAGUUAGCACAGCUGCAUCACCAUAUCUCUAAGGGAACAGUGUAAACUCAACCUUUCCCUGUCUUUUUCUCUGCCUGCAAGGCAGAGUAGCUCUGUCCAUAGCUCAGGAUUUUUCACUUACAUCCUUGUGUAGCUCAGCAUCCAGCCUGAGCACUCACUGCCACACUGUGUUGUAGUCUGCAGUAUUGACAUUAUCCUUAUUUGAACUUACCAUGCUCUUUCCAAGAAAUCCAAUAGAUAAAUCUUCCCAACAUAUCUAGGAUAAUCUUUAGAGUUUGCUGCUCAAGCAGUGAAGGGAUAGUGAAAUAGGUAGGGUGUUGUAUCAGGGGUUCUCACUCACAUGCUGGCAAAACCCUCCUGGAGCUGAGCCCUGGCUGGAGAAUGCCAUGAAGAUAUCCUCCAUGUCAGGGGAGUUUUGCCUCUGCCCAGGUCAGGCUGCAGGGUAUGAACAGCAUGAGGCACAUGUAUCACAUUAAAUAAGCACAGAGAAAUCCAUUGACAUUGAAAUUGUACUGAAGACAUGGCUCAAGUUCAGAAAGCUCAGUGGUGGCACUGUGGGUGACACUGGCACAGGGUGCAAAGGUGAGCCUGGGGCCCCAGCUUCACGUGCUGCCAUCGUGCUGCCGUCGUGUUUGUCUUGCCUUUAUCUCCCCUGUCAGCCUCUCACCAGUAAAACCUUUGUGUUGGGCUUUAUGAUGGCCAAGGGGGAACAGCAGCUCCUGAAUGCCUGCUCUGCCCCAGGGCCCAAACCCAACAAACACCCAGGGCUGGGCCCAGCUCAGCCUGCACCUUUCACGAGUUAGCAUUGAUGCAGCUAUGGGGGGGACAGUCCCCAGCACAAAUCCAUCCUCUGUAGGAGAGCUCAGCCUGUCACUGUUUGGGUGUGGUCAGCAUAGAAAUUCAGAAGCACAGAGGAGAAUAACAGUCACAAGUGUCAAUAUCCAAGUCUGAUUGUGUAUUGGAAACAUGCCAGUAGUCCUCUCUAAAGGUCAGCGUGGUAUGUGGGAUGCAUUGGCCCCCUUAGAUACUUUCAGACAUAAACACACAUUUUUCUAUAUCAAAAGAUGCUUGCACCUCUUUUCAUAACCACUAACUGUGCUCCAAAUUUAAGCUUUAAGAAAACAUAGGUUUUUUCCCUCUGCAAACCAACAAAACAUGGAACCCAUGUGAUGUGUGUUCAUACCUUGCUGUCUCCUACAUGACUUUCCCAAGGCUCUCAUGUCUGGGGCACAGGUGCAGAUAUAGAGCUGCCUCGAGCAAUGUUUCAACAUUGUCAGAAAAGCAGCUAUGAUGGAGAUGGCAAUCAUUCCUCUGCAAGAAUGUGG